UUUCUACAGUAGACAAAUCACCACAAGCAAAGUCACCACAUGUGUGCAUCACAGCGCGCAGCAGCCGGCUGUGCCGGGCACAGCGCUCGUCUCGUUAUCUCUACAUCACCUUUGAGCCAAGACUCAGGCUUCCUCGCUUUUGCACUUUGUACCCUGGCUCUCAUCCACUCCUCAACUUCUUCUGACAACACAGCACGGUCAGAUUGGCUGCUUUGUACCGCUGAGGCUCUCUGGGGAGCCUGAGGAUAAGGCACCUUCACAGCACAUCGCUCUCGCUGCUUCAGAAACAGCAGGAGGGAAAAAGCACAAACAGAUUUGUUGGCUACAAAGGGCUGCUGGGAGCACUGCAUUCCGUGGUGCCAAGGAGGGAUCGUCCAAACCCGCCACACAUCUGGGCUCGGUGGGAUCUGACUGCCAAGCUGACAGAAAGGAAGGAAGCCGCAAUGCUGAGAGCUCUCAAUAGCAAAUUACGUAAAGCACAGAAAGUCUGCCAGGAAAUGCUCCUCUCCCACACGUUUCUCCAAAAUAAGUCUAUUAAAAGGCAAGGAAAACAGAAAGGUCUAUGCACCCUUAUGUAUUUUUCUUGCCAAUUGUAAUCAAGAGUCCAACAAGAAUCCUGGUUUGGGUUACUGCAACGGCAGGCUUUUGCCAAACAGAAAUGUUGUACGAGAGCAGCUGGCCUGAAAUCACAGCUUUUUACAGGGGCUGUGGCCUUCAUUGUCACGCAGCCUCAGUGAGAUUACGGACGGUUUGGGUUGGAAGGAACCUCAGCCCAUGCAGCUCCACUCCCCAGCUGUGUGCUGGCUGCCCCCCAGCCCAGCGCCCACCCACAGGGACGGGGCAGCACAGCUCUGUGCAGCACUGCAGCGCCUCACCGCCCCGAGGGAAGGAUUUCCUCCUCACAUCUGACCUCAGCCUCUCCUCUUUCAGUUUAAAGCCAUUGCCCUUGUCCUUUCACUGCCUCUGUACAAAGCUGGCCUCGCAAACAGAACAAGUGAGCCUGCAGAUGCUCCACCAACUCCAGGAGCAACACUGCAGUGUAAUGCAUGUGAAAGUUCUACAGGAAGCCCCAGCUGUGCUGUAAGUGUUAGCAGGAAUAAUUUAAGAGGUUGUCCCAAUAAUCUAGAUAACCUUUUCACGCUGGAUAAUGAAAACAGGACAUGCUGACUCUCCCAAGAGCAGUGCUAUGGCACAGCGUGCUUGCCAGGCUUCGUUUCCUUCCCCUUCUGAAAGCCUGCACUGUAAUGCACUUGGAGAGGUGUGCAGGGACCCCGCUUUCACCUUCUGAACAGCCCUGGGCACAUGCUGCCCACCUACCUCACAUAACAGACUUUUGUUCUCCUUGUCUCACCUGUUCACAGCCCAGCCUGAUGCCACUUACUCCUCUUACACGUAUGCAGUAUUUUGGACAGCAUAAGUGGAGAACUCAGUUUAAUUAUUACACGAUCCUAAAGUAUUGAGGACAUUCCAAAAGUCAUUCUGACUUAGGAACACUCUGACUUUGUAGCUACCAAGGCAGUUUUCUAAGAUUACAAACUUCAGCCUUCAUCUCUACUUAACGCAGACAGCCAAAAAGAAACAAACAAAAACAAACCACAAAUAAUGUCUCGUCUCCUCCUGUCUCCAAAAAAAGUGCUUUUUGUUCUGAGCUCUGAUAACAGCAAAGCUCUUCACAGUUUACUUCUUGAGGAGUAAGACUUGGAAGCCUCCAGACUUUCAGUCUGGGAGAAGGUCUGCUGUGCAGGGCACGGAUCACACGAGCACAAACAUUCCGGGUGGGUAACGGAGCUUCAGCAGCACCAUCUCCAAGUGUGACAUCACUGCUGUAGGGAAAACCCCACGCCGGGGCCUGGGCAGGAGCUGACCCUGCUGCGAGUUCCACCAAGGCAAAACAAACCAGGCACUCACCAGGUCGAAAGGCUGAAAUCCUUCGAGCCCCGGUCUGCCUGAAGGUCUGGGCUGGCAGGCGCUCGUGUCUGAGGCUCCAGAGUGAAUAUCUUCUGUCUGUGCCUCCCACCCAGAAGACCCUCCUGCCUACCUCAUGCUGUGCUGCCAUCCGGGUCUGAUGCAGCCCCUUCUGUGCUCUGACACAAGGAUUUCAGGAGAUUGCCUGGGGAGUGUGGUUUCCGUGGGCAGGGCACUGUAUGCUACUGGGUUGCUGGUGGGUCUGGAGGUUUUGUCGGCGCUCACUUCGCAUCCUGCUUCUUUCAUGGGGGAAAGACUCCAGUGCUUAUUUUGAAUGAGGAUCUGUUCCCUCCCCUGGGCUCUGGCUGGCCCAGCUCCGGGUAUGAGGGGCCCUUCUGCUCUGACAUCACGUGCUGCAGGAUGGUUUAGGCGGCUCCUGCAGAAGCCCAAGCAGAGCUCCAUCCACACAUCGAGCAGCUCUCAUAGCAUGACCAGCCACUCACUGUCGUCCUCACCCUCCUCCUUCUCCUCCUCCUCCUCCUCUGCUUGGAGCUCCAGCUCCUCCAGCAGCACCAGCACAGCUCGGCCUGGCCGCCCAGCCCCAGUGGACAUCAGCAGCUCGAGCAGCGCGCGCUGGGCGAAGAGCUACGAUGUGUGCAUCUGCCACAGUGAGGUGGACCUGGAGUUUGUGGAGGAGCUGGUGUCCUACCUGGAGAGCCAACCCCAGAGCCUGCGCUGCUUCCUGCAGCUGCGGGACAGCGUGGCGGGCAGUGCUGUCGUGACAGAGCUGUGUGAGGCUGUGCAGAACAGCCACUGCUGGGUGAUGCUCAUCACCCCCAGCUUCCUGCAGGACCCCUGGUGCAGGUACCAGAUGCAUCAGGCAUUAGCAGAGGCCCCGAUGGCCAACGGGCGUACCAUCCCUGUGCUGAAGGACAUUGAUAGGAAAGAUUACCCCAGGGAGCUGAGGAACCUCUACUACAUCUACACGGCCCUCAAGGAGAACAGCUUCAGGCAGAUCAGGGACACUGUGCUGCGCUAUCUGGAAGAGCUGUGCCGGAACUCCACGAGUGGAAUGGAGUAGUGCCCACCGAGGGCACUUGUGUCUGAGCGAAGCUGGAGGCAUUUCUGUGGGCAUUUCAGAGCACUGGGACAAAGUGGUGCCACUGGGGCCGAAGCCGAAGACCCUUCACGUCACUGCUGAGCUGCCAUCAUGCCUGCCCAGCUCCACUGUGCUGAGCUUGGGGCUCUCUGGGGACAAGGCUGGGGACUGCAUCGCUCCAGUGCGUCAUGCAAACACUAAAUUCCCACAGGGCAAAGCACAGCGGGGCUCUGCAGCGACUUCUGAGGAUGAGGGCACUCAGGGUGCCUGGAACCUCCUGUGCAAGCUGGUGCCACGAGGAGCUUGCAGCUGGAGCACGUUUGUUCUGUGGGGCAUCAUGUUGCACACUGUAUGAGGAGAAAUGCACAAGUCUGAUUUUUAA